AUGUGGGCCUGCAAACGUCAAUUCCCCGGCCGCAAUCCUCCAACUCGCCCUCGACCCUCGAGCCUCGAGCCUCGAGCUUGGAGCCCGGGUAUCGAUCGACGCGCUUGCUCGACCCCGCCUGGCGGCCAUCGGUUCUUCUCAACGCAGCUCGCCGUCAUUCAAGCUGGAAUGGCGCUCGCGCGCAAGCAGCUCGGGAUCGACGCCUCGCUACGCUAA